AUGGCUUCUGGUCUUCACAAAAUGGGUGUUUCACAGGGUGUUGUUGUUACACCAUUGAAUCCUGUCAGUAGUGUUGCUGAAAUUCGUAAGCAGGUUAAUGAGUGUGGUGUGAGUUUUGCUUUUACUAUACCCGAAAAUUUUAAGAAACUAAAGUCAUUCAACAUUCCAAAUAUUAUUGUGCCAGAAAAUGAAAAGGAUUUGAAGUAUGAUUGUUUCUCUUGUUUCUUUAACCUUAUUUAUAGUAACUUUGAUUUUCCUCAAAGGCCAGUUAUUAAACAAGAAGACACUGCUGGUAUAUUGUAUUCUUCUGGUACUACAGGUGUUAGCAAAGGAGUUGUUUUAACGCAUAGAAAUUUAAUUGCUAUGGUUGAACUAUUUGCGAGGUUUCAAGCUUCUUCUUCUUCUUCUUCCAAAAAUGUGUUUCUAGCUGCUUUGCCAAUGUUUCAUAUAUUUGGUUUAUCGCUCACUACUACCGGAUUACUGUCGUUGGGUUCUACGGUUGUUGUAAUGAAAAAAUUUCAAAUUGACGAGGCUAUUAGGGUGAUUGAUGAAUACAAUGUUACACACUUUGAUGUUGUUCCACCCAUGUUAGUGACAUUGACAGAAAAGGCGAAGCGGGUUAAUGGAAGUAAGUUGCUGAGUUUGAGACGUGUUUUAUGCGGCACCGCGCCUUUAACCACAACAAUUAUAAAUGAAUUUGUCCAAGUUUUCCCUAAUGUUGAUUUAAUACAGGCUUAUGGAAUGACUGAGUCUGCUACAGUAGGAAGUUGCUGCUUCGAUAGUGACAAGUUUCACAACUAUUCUUCAGUAGGAUUGUUAGCUCCAAACAUGGAGGCAAAAGUGGUAGACGUGAACAAUGGUGCACUUUUGCCCCCAGGAAGAAGUGGCGGGCUUUGGUUGCGAGGGCCUUCGAUUACGAAAGGAUAUUUAAAUAACGAAGAAGCUACGAUGACAUCAAUUGAUAAAGAUGGUUGUCUUAAUACCGGAGAUAUUGUUUAUUUUGAUGAGAAUGGAUAUUUGUAUUUAUGUGAUCGUUUGAAAGACAUGAUCAAAUACAAGGGCUUUCAGAUUGCUCCUGCUGAUUUAGAAGUUGUGUUAAUUUUGCAUCCUGAAAUAGUUGAUGUCGCCGUUACAGGGGUAUUGUCAGCUACGAAUGAGGAAGCAUUUGAGGUCUUACUUACUAUGCAAGGGAAACAACAUAUUGAAUCUUCUAGCAAAGUAAACAAUAUCAAGCAUCGUGACGAAACACCGCCUGAUGUUCGAGUACGGAAACUAAAGGAUCAGCUCAUCCAAGCUAAAGUUUAUCUUUCCCUUCAGGCAGUUAGGAACAUUCCCCAUCUCACUCGGGAACUUCGGCUACGGGUAAAGGAAGUUUCACGAACAAUUGGAGAGGCAAGCAAAGAUUCUGACUUGCCAAGGAAUGCAAAUGAGAGAAUGAAGGAAAUAGAGCAAUCAUUGAUGAAAGCAAGGCAAAUUCAAGAUGAUUGUUCCACAUCCGUGAAGAAGCUUAGGGCUAUGCUCCACUCAUCAGAGGACCAGCUUCGCGUGCACAAGAAACAUACCUUAUUCUUAACACAGUUGACAGCUAAAACACUGCCUAAAGGUCUCCAUUGUCUUCCGUUGCGCCUUACAACUGAAUACUAUAACUUGAACUCUUCUCAGCAACAAUUCCCCAAUCAAGAGAAGUUAGAAGACCCUGGACUAUACCAUUAUGCAAUAUUCUCAGAUAACAUAUUGGCCACAGCUGUUGUUGUGAAUUCUACUGAUGCCCAUGCUAAGGAUUCCUCCAAACAUGUUUUCCACAUUGUAACUGAUAGGCUCAAUUAUGCGGCAAUGAGGAUGUGGUUUUUGGCCAAUCCACCUGGAAAGGCGGCAGUUCAAGUUCAAAACAUUGAAGAUUUUGCAUGGUUGAACUCGAGUUACAGUCCAGUUUUUAAGCAACUAAGUUCUCCUUCAAUGAUAGAUUAUUACUUUAAGGCUCACCGUGCUUCUUCUGAUUCGAACCUCAAGUUUCGGAAUCCUAAGUAUUUAUCUAUGUUGAACCAUCUCCGCUUCUACUUGCCCGAAAUAUUUCCAAACCUCAAGAAAGUGCUGUUUUUGGAUGACGAUGUAAUUGUGCAGAAGGAUCUUACUGGUCUUUGGUCAAUUAACUUGAAGGGAAAUAAUUUCGACCCCCGUGCUUGUGGAUGGGCAUAUGGUAUGAAUGUUUUUGAUCUGGUCGAAUGGAAGAAACAAAACAUCACAGAGGUGUACCAUAACUGGCAGAAGCUGCUAAACAGGGUGCCAGAAUGCCCAUCAAUGUUGAUUGAUGAUUAUGUAGAUCUUCACAAGUCAAAGGAAAUGGAUGCAACCAAGUCAAACAAUGGUGAAAAACCGGGCAGCAGUGUUAACCGUAAAGGAUAUAAGACCGCAAAUGCAUUCAUCUACAUCAACUCAUGCUCCAUGUCAUGGAAAGGUAACCAUAUAUACCAAUAUUAUUGA